GUUUACGGCAAUUGCGGGUCUUUUUGUGUAGCACCUUAAAUGAGCAGCUAACGACAAUAUUUCCAUUUUUUGGUUCGCUCGUGAGUAAAACGGAAAGUACGGAAAUAAUAGCACACGGAGAUAGCAUCCAUAGGAAACAGCGUAGGAAAUGCAGCUUGGCCUCGAGUCGUGUAGUUCUCCUGCUUCCCGUCGUUAGGGAUCGUUGUGGCAGAGGCUUUGACAUUUUGGAGGCGCCUUCAAUCUAAUUUCAGAGAAGAAGUUGCGCCCGGUCGUUGGCCUCGAGGCUGCAAUGCAGCGGAAGCCCCGAGGAAGAAGACGCGGCAGCCCUGCUCGCGGCACGGCGGCUCCCUUCCUCUUGCCGACCGGCUCGCUACGCCACCUUGCACUCCUCCAUCUUCAAAUGUACUAGAAUGGGGAGCUGACUGCAAGGGGGCUCGUCUCGUAUGAAAAUGAAGGACCAGCAUGAAAAGGCUUUGCGUUUUUCUGUCGUGCUGGGGCUUCAUCAGAUGAGGCUGCGGUGCAGGUCGAGGAGAACAAAAAGGCCGGCAAAAAAUGUGCGGAUGACAACAAGAAUGAGCAGGCCAACAAAUAACGCAACAAGAAUGAGCAAAUCAACAAAAACGAGGUGGAUAUACUUUCUGCAAAAAUUGCUGUUGAGCUUGUCUUUGGGUCCUACGCACGCCUCGGCAUGGAUCCGCAUAGAGCCUGAGUGUGGCCCUGUCGACGUGCGACAGGUCAAGGUGCGGCGGCGGCAUCGGCAAAGCUGCUUUGUUCUCUAUCCCCUCUUGCAUCCGCGUGAGACGAUCUCUGGAACUACAGGCGCGACAUCGCUACAAACAGCUAAUGAGAAGACGAAGACGACGACUUCCAUAGAAAAGGAGAGCAGCACGACUACUUCCAAAGAAGAUGAAAGUGAGUCAUCCACCGCAUCAAGGAGUCCGACAUCUUCUGUCCUGGGACCGCAGACGACAUCAGGGACCUUCUUGCAUGGGGGCGAAGACUUCGCAGAGUUUUUGGUAGACUUACCCGAUUCAAGCCAAGUUUGGGCUUGGAGCAUUCUAGAAUGUGACGACGUGAAAGCGGAAAUAAGCUCAAGUUUGGAUCCCCUCAAUGGCGCGCUUUUUCGCGUAUAUCGGGAUUUUGGAGAAUUGGUAUCUUCUUACUGCUAAAUUUCCGCGGAAUUCUUUUGAUAUGAUAAAGACUAUUUUCAAACAGUAGAGGCCUCUUUUCAAACGGAGUCCUUUAUCCCUAUGACCGUACCCAUCAGACGGUUACACCCGGAGAGAUCCCAGGCGGACGCUCAACCCAGUUAGAGAUCAUUCCGGAACGCGAUUUGCCCAAGUUUCUACCUGCGCAUCGUGAGAAGAUCGGCGUCCGCUUCUGCUCGAAAAGUUCCGGGAAAUCAAAGAUGGUCGACUUAUGUGUCGUUCUUCUUAAAUUUGUUGUUGAAAAGUAGUUUUGUUGAAGAGCGUUUUCUUGUUUUGCUAUGCGUGUAAAAACCGAGUUGUUCUUUCGUCUCUAAUGAAAAUGUAAAAGUUCUUUCCCUAUGAAUGAAAUUCUGUACAGUAAGUACUUCAGUCUUGUUCAGCUCAAUAGAGUUGCUUCUUUUCUAAUGAAUGGCUCACUCAAUCGAAAUGGCAACCGGGUUCGAGUCACAUCGCCAGCAUGGGAUCAGCCGGAAGGACUUACGGUCGAAAUUUUCUGGUGCGAGAUUCCGAAACUCUUCGUGGAUACCUUUCGACGUACUUAUAUUUUUAUUUUUGUUAGGUGUAAAAUACCUACUUUUUGAAUUUCCUGAGCCAACAACUCCAUAAAAUGUAAAUGCAGUAGUUUGAGGAGUCCUUGUCAACCUCGCCAAACAUUAACACUUCCUCUCGGAUGAAGGAUCAUAUCAUGACUAAAAAAGUUAAUCAAUCCUCUACCUUCUUCCUCCAGCGCACGCCAGUAGUGGGAGCUUACGCAUAAUGCAGGAGGAGAGCCUUUUUGUCAGCGCGACACGCUACCUGGACGAAAGUCAUUUGCCGACAUCAGCACACUUUGUGCCCCCUCAAGUAUCGUGGAACAUCAAGGGUCGGAAAGAUCGGGAUGUGCCGAAAAUAGAUGGCGAACCGGAAGAAGAGGAGGAAGACGAUGCGUUUGUAGGCAGAAAAAAAGUUUAUGAAGGACUAAGGAAAUCCGUCACGCGCGCGUGGGGAAGGAUCUUCCUAUUUAUAUUACACUUCCGACUGAUCAAUGCGGUUUAUAUUACACUUCCGACUGAGCUAAUAUUGCUAUUGCCAGUACUGAAAAAGUGCUAUUGCUAGUUUUCUAGGAGUAGAAGCAACAGCCGUAGAAAAGAACAUUUUUGAAUCAUGCUCGUCUGCUCUUCAUAUGUGAGACGAGUACAUCGAUGCUGACGGCGACCAUUACGUUCUGUCGCGCAAAGCAGACUUCUCGAUUCCGACAGACUCUCGUUUUCUCCGCGAUCUGUGUAUCCUCAUUUUGUCCUGCACGUUUUGUUCCGUGCUACUUCGAGUCUUAAGUGCGCAUCGACUCGACAUGACGCUAGGCUGUGUGGUCGGCGGCUCCCUGGUGGGACCAGGCGGCUGGAACUUGAUUCAGGAGCACGUGCAGGUCGAGAGCGUAGCCGAGUUGGGUUUAGUUUUCCUGAUGUUCGAGCUUGGGUUUGGAUUUUCAAUGCGUCGCAUUCUCAAGAGCUGGCGCGCAGCAGUGACGGGUGGCAUCAUGGUCACGGUAUGGCUCGUGGUCUUCUUCGUACUCCUUGCGAUGGUUCGGCGAACAGACCGACGAGAAGCGGCUCUAGUCGGGAUCUUCAUCUCGGUUUCCUCUACCGCAUUGGUAGCUGCAUCGUCGGCAUCUGGUUCAAGAGGUGCUGGUGGCGCAGGAGGGUCGGCGGGCUCUGCUGGAGGCAAUAGACACCCAUUAAGGCUUACGCAUUUAUUCUAGUGGAAUGUGAGAUAGCGGCUAUCUCUUUGGUUACGGCGUUUCCAAGGUGCUUUAACUAGGUGCAGAGCGGCGGCUCGAGAAGCACUUAGCGGACGCGCCGCUUAAGUGUUUCGCGAAGCACUUACUGACCGCCUCGUUUAUCGGUUUCGCGAAGCACUGGCCGCCCCGCUUAACGGUUUCGCGAAGCACUUCGUGGCCGCCUCGCUUGACGGUUUCGUGAACCUCUUCGUGGCCGCAUCGCUUAACGGGUUCGCGAAGCACUUAGUGUCCGCCUCGCUCAAUGGUUUCGCGAAGCACUUAGUGUCCGCCUCGCUUAACGCUUUCGCGAAGCACUUACUGACAGCCUCGCUGAACGGUUUGGCGAGACACUUAGUGGCCGCCUCGCUUAACGGUUUUGCGAAGCACUUGGUGGCCGCCUCGCUUAACGGUUUCGCGAAGCACUUAGUGGCCGCCUCGCUUAACGGUUUGGCGAGGCACUUAGUGGCCGCCUCGCUUAACGGUUUCGCGAAACACUUAGUGGCCGCCUCGCUUAGCGGUUUUGCGAAGCACUUGGUGGCCGCCUCGCUUAACGGUUUCGCGAAGCACUUCGUGGCCGCCUCGCUUAACGGUUUGGCGAAGCACUUCGCGGCCGCCUCGCUUAACGGUAUCGCAAAGCACUUACUGGCCGCCUCGCUUAACGGUUUCGCGAAGCACUUAGUAGCCGCCUCGCUUAACGGUUUCGCGAAGCACCUAGUGGCUGCCUCGCUGAACGGUUUCGCGGGGCACUUAAUGGCCGCCUCGCUUAGCGGUUUCGCAAAGCAUUUAGUGGCCGCCUCGCGCAACGGUUUGGUGAGGCACUUAGUGGCCCCCUCACUUAACGGCUUCGCGAGGCACUUAGUGGCCGCCCCGCUUAACGGUUUCGCAAAGCACUUAGUGGCCGCCUCGCUUAACGGUUUCGCGAAGCACUUAGUGGCCACCUCGCUUAACGGUUUCGCGAGCCACUUAGUGACUGCCUCGCUGAACGGUUGCGCGGAGCACUUAGUGGCCGCCUCGCUUAGCGGUUUCGCGAGGCAGAUAGGCGACCCCUCGCUUAAGUGGUGGCGGUCACCACUUAAUCGACCUUUCACUUAGUCGCUCGUCUAAGUGGUAGCCGCCACCACUUAAGCGACCCUUCGCUUAGGUAGUAGCCGUGUCGCUCGUUUAAGUGGUGACCGUGUCGCUCGCUUAAGUGGUGAAAGUCACUACUUAAGCGAGCUGUCAUUGAGGUGGCGGAUGGGAGGCACGCGCCAGGGGUACCUCGCGGAUCGGUUGUCUGUGGCUUUCCCCAGUUCGGCUUCAUACGUUCAUUCUGAGAUCAUAGUGUCCUUUUUCAUGAGACGGAUCCUCGGCAACGGGCAUUUCACAUGCAAGACGACGGUCGAAAGGCCGACGUGGACCUGGAGGAAGGGACCAACAAGCUGGUAGCACGACAAGCGACCACCACGUCGCGUCUUCUGCUGCUCUCGGUCGUACUGAAGUCGAAAGUUCAGAUGACGAGGAGGUUCAUAACAUGACACGUCGCAGUGGGUCGCGGCGCGGUGGUGCACGACUAGGACCCGGUAGUAGUAGUAGUAACCGCGACAGCGCAAAUAGACCAGUUGAAGUUUCUGGCGUUACACCAAAUAGAUUUGGGGGAGAUGGUCGUUUUGCUUCUUCUGGCCGGAUGAACGCAAAUUCUAGCUCUAGAAAUGGCGGCGAAGUCGUUAUGCGAAGAGGCGGCCUCGGUCUUCCCACUGACGUGUCGCUUCAAAGCAACGCUUUAAUUUCGAUCCUCGUUACGCAAGAUCUUAUUUUGGCAUUGGUUUUAGCGGUCUUCCCCCCACUGUUCUUGCUUCCGAGCGGGGCCGGGGACACGAGCGCUUCCUCUAGGCCGGCGACAGCUGAUGCUGGGUUGAAAGCCCAUUUUAGUCUUUCCAUGUGGCAAGUGCAGCUAGAACUCUGGCAGUGGUUCGCGCUUUCGGCUGCCGUUCUCCUCCUCUACGGGUUGCUUCGGGCUCUCUUCCCACAUGUUAUGACUUUCGAGAUAGUGGUCGUUCUUGUAUCAAGUGACGUUGAUGAAAUAUUCUUUCUUAUUAGUGGUGAUCGGAAACCUCUACCACACCCAUAGUUUUGAACUACAACAUUUAACGUCUCUGUCUCAAAAAUGCUAUGAGCCUAGUACGUGGAGGUACUAUGAUGUAUUGUAUCCACAAGGAACCCACGACCCAUAUCUCUAUUUUCAAUCCACCACCAUUCAUAUCACCCGUGAAACGUCGGUCGCAAUACGUGCUCCAGUCUUUUCUUAGCGGAAGUCAAGAGUUGCAACAGCUGCUUUUGGUCUUCUGGUGCCUCCUGGUUAUUCUGACGGGUGAGCAACUUGGUCUAUUUUUAUGACUGCGAAGUAGAUUUAUUUCAGGAGAAAGACGAAGGGGUCUCAACUCUUCACCAUAGCUCUAUUUAUUUUUCCCGCAUAUUUGUCCUACCUUACUGUCCCUCCAAUCAAUCCGUUUAAAUUUUAGAAUCAAGAAGUCCUCCUACUUGAGAAUUUUUCUUCCUCCAAGUAAGUGCCUCCUUCAUGAAAGAGUAAAGAAGUCGGUGCAUUUCUUGCGGGAGGCGUGUUGCCGAGCAGUUGCAAACAGGUCGCCGAGCAGGUGACGAGGCCACUGAAGGAGUUCUUUAUGCUCAUAUUCUUUGGCUACAUUGGGUUGAUGAUGCGACCUCUUUUCCUAGUGGACAAUUUCCAAGCGAUCGCGUUUUUAUGGUUCGGACUCACGGGGCUCAAAUUUUGCGCGUGCAUGUUUCACCUCAUCGCCUGUGGAGGACAGCGGUUCACCAUCGCAUUCUACAUAUCACUGUGUCUAUCUUAAGACAACCCAAACUGCAUCCUCAGCAUCAUCCCUGGCCCCCUUUUUCAAGCAGAAAAAGGGCCCAGGGAUGGUGUCAGGGAUGCGACUGCGCUAGCUCUAACUAUACCAUGUCGGGGAAUUCGCAUUCCUCAUCCUCGCGAAAGGCAAGACCUGGGCAGUUUUCUCGAACAAAGUGCAUCUGCUGCUCCUCGGCGUUGCAACGUUCAGUACUAGAGACCCUUGCUGAGUCGAAAAAAGAUGGCUCCUAUAGAGUUCUCUUGAAAGGAAAAUACUUAUAGCCAUAGACAUUCAGCAUUAAGUUUUGGAUAUGUCGCUCUCAUGUUAAUAUCGUUCUCAUAUGAUUUUUACGUUGCUAUCAACACAGGUUUACUAACAAGUCCAAUGGUGUUGGGGAUUGCGCAACGCUGGGUUCGUCGUCUCACUGAUCGCGGGUGCAGUGACUGGUUGGAAAACAAAGAAGACGUGCUCGGAUUAGGAAAUUACAAAUUGCCGGGUUUCGUUCCGCCAACCCUAGUGGGUAGCUACUCCCUGCCUUCGCAGCGACCGGUGGAAACCGAGAUGCAAGAUCGAGGAAUGAUGAUACUGGGACGUGGUCAUGAAGGUCAAAGAGAACACCCUGAAUCUACAGUAGGUGCUGUAGGUUCUGGAGAACAAGCAUAUCCGACAAGAGGACAUCCUCCAGAAAGCGUGAUAUCCUCAGCAGGUGCACCAGGAGUUGGUACGGAUGUUGGAACAACAACGAGUCACCUUCAGCAUAGUAAUAUCCUGGCCCCCGGUCCUAAUUCGCCAGAACAACGCAGAGGAAAGCCUUUGAACCCUUCUGUCUACAACCUCCACCAAGCAGGAGUUCAGCCCAGUACAGACUUGUCCAGUUCCUCGACCUCGGGUAUUCUAGCAGCAAAGGUUAUGAAACGAAAAUUCUUACUCAUAGAUGGUACUAUAGUAUAGGUAAUAGGUACACGUAGCGGAGGAUACACUUCUAUAGUAAAUAGGUGGUACUUGUUCGAUAGUAAAUAGGUACAACUAGCGGAGGCUACACUGGACAAGUAGGCGCGAUUCAUUCACAAGGUUGAACCACGCUACCUAGGCAGGGUCAAAGUUGGUAUGAGUAAGCAGUUUUCUCUGUCAUCAAAGUGGCGUCAACGUUGUACUCCGGAGCAAGCAACAUCGGCAACAGAUUCGCAGCGAAAGGGUCGCCAACAGACACCAGAUCCAAGAUCAUAUGACGGCUUGGUGUUCUCCGUGAGCAGAUACGACGAAACGCCUCUUCUACUUCUAGGAAACGCCUCUUCUACUUCUAGGAAACGCCUCUUCUACUUCUAGGAAACGCCUCUUCUACUUCUAGGAAACGCCUCUUCUACUUCUAGGAAACGCCUCUUCUACUUCUAGGAAACGCCUCUUCUACUUCUAGGAAACGCCUCGUCUACUUCUAGGAAACGCCUCGUCUACUUCUAGAAACCACCAUCACGAUGACGCGCCUGAUCUAGAAACCACACUCACGAUGACACGCCGGCUCUUCUAGGCCAAAAGGUGGUCCCCUCCAUGAAUGGUACGCCCUUGUUCCAAUCACAGAAUGCUAAUACUUCUUCUUCCCCUCAAUGGUCCCCAGCAGCAUGCACUAACUGAUGUGUCGUGGUCAACUCACUUUCGAAUCAACACAGAAUCAACAACAAACUAGCGUCAAUCGCGCGCAACCACGAGUAGGUUUUCAAAUAGUUCACAAACACUAGCACAAGCAACAUUCCAAGACGAGAAGGUUUUCUGAUAGUCCACAAGCACAAGAAUUUGUAGCCGUAGAAACGGCAAUGUACCAAUGUACCAUUUUGAAGGUGGUGCUUCCUUAGACUACGGAU